CCCUCCCGUGUCUCCAGCCGUAGCUAGAAAACAGAUCCCCUCUCCUCGUCCCCCUCUCGAACUCUUCCCAGGAAAACAGCCUCCUCCUGGUCUCUCUCUCUCUCGCUCGUCGCGAAUUCCCCUUUUCCCCGUUCCAGGGUUUCGGCAUCGGAACCUGUCCAGGGUUCGCCCGCGAGUGCAUGGCAGUGAGCCUCCUGGCCAAUGACGUGUCGGACCUCUGCAUCGGCAAGCCGGCCGUGAGGAGGUCGCUCCCGCUCUCCGCGGCCGCCGGAGACCUCGCCGCCGCCGUCCGGAAGGGCCCCCGUGCCGCCGCCGCCGUCUGCGCCGCCGUCACCGGCCCGCGGGGCGCCGUCGUGGGACGCGCUGGCCUCGCCGACGUGCUCUGCCUCCUCUGCGCCUCCCCCGACGCCCUCGCCCGCCCCGCCGCCGCGCUCGCCAAGCCCGUCUCCGCCCUCCUGCCCAAGGACGGCGAAGGCGAGGUGCGCCGCGUAGAUCCCCGCUCCAGUGUUCUGGAGGCGCUUGAUGCGGUUCUGAACGGCGCGCAGGUGCUCGCCGUCCCGCUCCGCUCUGGCGGCGGCCGCAAGAAGCAGCUCGGCGGCGUGGCCGCCGGCGUUGCCGGCGACUUCUGCUGGCUGACGCAGGAGGACCUGGUCCGCUACUUCCUCAACUCCAUCUCCCUCUUCUACCAUGUCGCCGCCCGCUCCGUCUCCUCCCUCGGCCUCGUCAGCGCCGACUACCUCUCGGUGCGCCCCGACGAGGCGGCCCUCUCCGCCGUGCCCCUCAUCCGCGCCUCCAUCGCCGCCGAGACGGCCGUCGCCGUGGUCAGCGCCGACGGCCACCUCGUCGGCGAGAUUUCCACCGCGCACCUCGCCGCCUGUGACGAGACGGCGGCAGCCGCCAUUGCCACGCUCUCGGCGGCGGACCUCAUGGCGUACAUCGACUACUUCGGCUCACCGCCGGAGCACAUCCUGCGGUCCAUCAAGGCCGGGCUCAAGGCCAAGGGCCUGGACGCCAUGCUUGAGCUGAUGGAGGACGAGACGAUGACUUCGUUCUCCUUCUCAUCCUCGUCUUCCUCUGACGAGGACACCGGCAGGGCGCACCUUAGGCGCCCGUCGUCGGGGAGCUUCGGGCGCCGGUCGACCGAGGAGCCCGUAGUGUGCAGCCCCGCGAGCUCGCUGGUGGCCGUCAUGGUCCAGGCGCUCGCUCACCGCGUGAGCUACCUCUGGGUUCUCGACGAGGAUGACGAUUGCCGUCUCGCCGGCAUCGUCACCUUCGCCGACGUUCUCCGGGUGUUCCGUGAGCAGCUGCAGUAAGGCAGCGAAGAACCUGGUGGAGUUUUGCAGUGGACCUGAAUUCCGGGAGAGGUUUUCCUGAAUCGCGGUUGCUUCGUUCGUUUCCCGUGGAAUGUGAUUGAACUGCUUUGUUUUUGUUCUUUGUUGAGACAUAUUCAACUUGCUGAAACUGUCUGUGUUUGCUUGGUGCUGAGAACAUUAUAAGACUUGCUCAUGUGCUUCCGUAAUAAAGCAGCAUUGUGCUGCGUUGAUGCUGUGGCA